CAACUAGUAAAAAAUGGUGAUCCAAUCAUUUUGUUCUUUACAUUUGUGUUUAGGUUAUGCCUUUGGCGCCAUUAGGGAAAAAGAAACUAAAGCCGUCAGUCGAGUUGAGAUUGUUCAGCAAUAAAUAGAACAAUGGCUAAAGUUAACAUUUGCAAUGUUAGGGUACUUGACAAUCCAUCACCAUUUUUCAACCCUUUUCAGUUUGAAAUUACAUUUGAGUGUCUUGAGGAUCUCCCAGAGGACUUGGAAUGGAAAAUAAUUUAUGUUGGCUCAGCAGAGAGUGUAGAUCAUGAUCAAACACUAGAUUCAGUAUUGGUAGGACCUGUACCUGGUGGAAAACAUAUGUUUGUUUUCCAGGCAGGACCACCAGAUAUAUCAAAGAUACCAUACAAAGAUGCUGUAGGUGUAACUGUAGUACUGUUGACAUGCUCCUAUAGAAACAAAGAAUUUAUUAGAGUAGGAUAUUAUGUAAACAAUGAAUAUACAGAUCCAGAAAUUAGAGAAAAUCCACCAGAAAAUAUCAUGUUUGAAAAAUUAGAAAGAAGUAUUUUAGCAACAUCACCUAGGGUAACAAGAUUUAAGAUAGACUGGGAUGACAAUGCAGCAGAAAAUGGAGAGAAUGUACCUCCAGUACAGAAUAUGGACAGUGAAUCAAAUCAAUUUCAGUCUCCGGCAGGAUUAAUGAAGGAUGUUCUGUCAAGUAAACCAUCCCCUUCAGCAUUUAAUACUGACAGUAUAAGUAACACUAUGGGUACUGAUAUACCAAUGGAAUGAACAAUGUAUUAUAUCAACUUGUACUACUUCAAAUUGUCAAGUUUUGCAGGGAAUGUGGAAUUUUGAUUUGAAAACACGAAAGAUGAGAUGGACUUGCAAAUGUGCAGCUAUUUAUUUAGAACGUCUUGUGAGACACUGGAUUAUAAUGUUAUUGUAUAGUGCAUGUAGUAUGUAUCAACGAUAUGAAAUAAUCUGUUUCAUAGAAACAAGGAAGGUCACACGUUACCUAGCUUACAAGUUACAUGUACAUGUAGUUAAUUAAUAUUCUAUUUAUUCAAAUAUUGUGGUAAGGCUUAUAUCAAUUUUCUCUUUGAGCCUUAUCAUCAACUUCUUUUUUUCUUUUCUUUUUUUAUAUUCUCUUAUAAAACUACUUAUCCUAUUAAGUUGUCAAAUUUUAAAAAUGUAAUCUCUUCUGAAACUACAAUGUGGCCUGGGUUUUUUUUUAAAUUAUUGUUGUUGGAUGCUUGGAAGAUUAAAAGAAGCUAAGGAUUCUCAUUUGUGGCACUAUAAUAUCUUAUACAGAAAAUUCCCAUUAGAAUAUUUGUCUGAUACUACUCAGCCAACUUAUAGAAAAGGGAUUCAUGGUCCUAGGAGCCUCAUGUUAAUCUUCUAUUCUGUAAUUUUUGUUUUAAAAGUAUUAUGUUUUUUUGCAACCAUUGCAUAUAUAUAUAUACCUCAAUUAACUGGAGGGGCUAUUGGUAUUUUGAGGUACUGACCUGCCUGGUGUUCUUGAGGACCCUGAAGACAUUAUCCUCUAAAAAAAAAUUAUUCUAAGCUCAUCAUUUGUUAAUUAUAAAUGUACAAACCAAACUGAGUUUUUGUUAUAGAUGUAAUUCACUAAUAUUGAGCAUGCUCGGCAGCAAUCAUGCAGAAUUAUGAGAAUAAAGAUAUCUUUCCAUUAUAAAGAUUUACAUUUAAGACAUCUUUCCAUUAUAACGAUUUACAUUUACGAUAUCUUUCCAUUAUAAAGAUUUACAUUUAAGAUAUCUUUCCAUUAUAAAGAUUUACAUUUAAGAUAUCUUUCCAUUAUAAAGAUUUACAUUUAAGAUAUCUUUCCAUUAUAAAGAUUUACAUUUAAGAUAUGUACAUCAAUAAGAAGCAUGUCUUCUAGUGCUUUUUGUAUAUAUGUCAUUUUUACAGAACUAGUGCUGUCUUAAUUAUUAUGUUGUAUUGAAAUGUAAUACCCAAACUCAAACUCAUUCAAGUGUACUAAACUUCUUGCAAUUUGUUGUUCCAUUAGAAUUAACACAUUUGUUGUAAACUUAUAAAUGUUGAUACUACAGGUAGUCUGUUAAAACAGAUUGUAUUUCAUUACUUUUUUUUUGGGGGGGGGGGGGGGGGGAGCACAAGUGUCCUCUCAAUAAUUUUUGUUUCAACAUAUGACAGUUUUUAAAACAGAUUCAAAAUGAAAUAGAAUAGUCUAUUUGCUAAUAAAAAGAUGCUGUGGUUUGAAAACCUUUACAACAGAGAACGCUGCAAUAACUGUACAUCUCCUUUGAGAACACUAUUUUUACUAUCAGAACUUGUACAUUACAAAAUAUGCAGGGGGCACUGAUAAUUCAUUUAAAUAUAUGAGACAAAAAAGUGUUUUUAUUGUGAAAUGUACAUUUCAUAUUUUUUCAUGAUGGGGCAUACAAAAUGUUAAACAAUAUGGAUUUUUCUCAUAUAAUUCUGAUUGUCAAAUGCCAUACUGUUGCCUAUAAUAUACUAUCAUGAUGUUAUCUUACUUUUAAAUGUUUGCUGAUAUUCCAAUUUAAAAAAAAAAUCCCUUUGAAUAAAUUUAAACAAGCUGAUAGAAAAUAACUAAAGAAAAAAAUACUAUAUAGGGCAAGGUUAACAGAUAUUUUAGUAACAUUAUUACAUAAUAAUAGAAGUGAUUGUAUCAUAUUUGUUUAAUUUCCACGAAAAUGUUAGUUUUCAUCCAUGUUUUAAUACUCUUGACUUAUAAUAGGAUCUGUUCGGUUCCUAAGACAGGGUUUAUAACACAUUUUUGAUACAUAUUCAUCUUUGACAGUUCUGAAACCUAAAUGAAUGUAUUUGUAUCCCACCUUCACUUCAUUGUUAUGAGUAACUCUGAUGUUAGUGAUUUAUAUUAACAUUUAGACACAGAUGUGUGACUAGCAAACAUCUAUAUCAUAAUUUAUAUGUUUUGACAUCCUGAAAAAUAAAAAAAUACACUUAAAGUCUGUUA